AUGGCGACGGAGAAAAGCAAGAUUCUGGUGAUCGGAGGAACUGGUUACAUCGGAAAAUACAUCGUCGAAGGAAGUGCCAAAUCCGGCCACCAAACAUUCGCUCUCGUCAGAGAAGCCUCUCUCUCCGAUCCCGUCAAGGGCAAAAUCGUCCAGAAUUUCAAAAAUAUCGGCGUCACAAUACUAAACGGAGAUUUAAGCGAUAAAGAGAGCUUCGUGAAGGCGAUUCAACACGUUGAUGUUGUGAUCUCCACCGUUGGUUUCUCUCAAAUCCGUAAUCAGAUUAAUAUCAUUUCUGCUAUCAAAGAAUCUGGCAAACACAUCAAGAGAUUCUUACCGUCUGAGUUUGGCAACGACGUGGAUCGAACGGUGGCGAUUGGAGCAGUAAAGUCAGAGUUUGAAAUGAAGGCUGAGAUCCGUCGUGCCAUUGAAGCUGAAGGCCUACCGUACACGUACGUGAUCAACAAUUGCUUCGAUGGUUACUUCUUAGCCACGCUUGGUCAAUGUGAGACAAGACUCACUUCUCCUCCUAGAGAUAAAGUCACAAUCUAUGGCGAUGGCAACGCUAAAGCGAUUCUAAACAAAGAGGAAGACAUUGCUACAUACACCAUGAGAGCUGUUGAUGAUCCAAGAACCCUAAACAAGACUCUCUACAUCAACCCUCCAAAGAACAUUGUUUCACAGAACGACAUCGUCGCAUUGUGGGAGAGCAAGAUUGGUAAAACUCUAGAGAAGACUUUUGUUUCUGAGGAAGAGCUUCUCAAGAAAAUACCAGAGUCUUCACAUCCACUUGAUCUUCUGUUGGCUUUGAAUCAUGCCAUCUUUGUGAAAGGAGAUCAAACUUUGUUUACAGUAGAGCCUUCUUUUGGAGUAGAAGCUUCUCAGCUUUAUCCUGAUGUCAACUACACUAGCGUCGAUGAGUAUCUCAGCCAGUUUGUCUGA